UCUCAUCUUCAACGAUUUAACAGUCGAAGAGCAUUUUUCUUUUAAAUAUACCGAAAAUGCACGAGUGAAUAUAACGCCCUUAUUUUAAGUGGCAGUGUACAUCAGUCAUCAGAUCCAGUGUGACAACUAUAAAGCAGCUGCCGGUCCGGCUAACCACUAACCCUACAAUCGGUUUGUUUCCGUUUUAUAUCAUGUAGACAUGUCGGUAACAGCUGAUCACAUCCGGGACAGACUUAUCAAAGAGCUGGCGGCAGUGCACGUGGAGGUGGAGGAUACAUCACCCAACAGAUGUGCUGCCAGCUUCAAAGUGCUGGUGGUUUCACCCCAGUUUGAGAACAAACCACUGCUACAGAGACACAGGAUGGUGAAUGCUUGUCUAGCCGAGGAGCUGAAAGAGAUCCAUGCUUUUGAACAGAAGACCCUCACACCAGAACAGUGGAAGAAACAGAAUUCACAAUGACACACAAACACUGUAUCACAUUGUUGCCAUAAACACUCACUGGAUAUGUAGAACGGACACACUUCUUAAAUUCUCUUUAAUUGACUGGCAAUAAAACUAUUUGAUGCUUC